GCUUCCGGUCCCGUUUCCAGGUUCGCUCGGCCACGGUCGCUAUGGAGGAACCGGAGAUGCAGCUCAAGGGGAAGAAAGUCACGGACAAGUUCACUGAGAGCGUCUACGUCCUGGCCAACGAGCCGUCUGUGGCCCUGUACCGGCUGCAGGAGCAUGUACGUCGCUCCCUCCCUGAGCUGGCCCAGCACAAGGCAGACAUGCAGCGUUGGGAGGAGCAGAGCCAGGGAGCCAUCUACACUGUGGAGUACGCCUGCAGCGCCGUGAAGAACCUGGUGGACAGCAGCGUCUACUUCCGCAGUGUGGAGGGUCUGCUCAAACAGGCCAUCAGCAUCCGGGACCAUAUGAAUGCCAGUGCCCAGGGCCACAGCCCGGAGGAACCACCCCCGCCCUCCUCAGCCUGAUCCUGGAAGAGACUCGGGGCCCCCCAGCCUCCGCCAACCCAGACAAAGAUCGCUCCACUCAGCGUGGGACGAUGGGGAGGAAAAAAAUCCAGAUCUCCCGUAUCCUGGACCAAAGGAAUCGGCAGGUGACAUUCACCAAGCGGAAGUUCGGGCUGAUGAAGAAGGCCUAUGAGCUGAGCGUGCUCUGUGACUGUGAGAUAGCCCUCAUCAUCUUCAACAGCGCCAACCGCCUCUUCCAGUAUGCCAGCACGGACAUGGACCGCGUGCUGCUGAAGUACACGGAGUACAGCGAGCCCCACGAGAGCCGCACCAACACUGACAUCCUCGAGACGCUGAAGCGGAGGGGCAUUGGCCUUGAUGGGCCAGAGCUGGAGCCAGACGAAGGGCCUGAGGAGCCAGGGGAGAAGUUUCGGAGGCUGGCAGGUGAAGGGGGUGAUCCAGCCUUGCCCCGACCCCGGCUGUAUCCUGCAGCUCCUGCUAUGCCCAGCCCAGAUGUGGUGUAUGGGGCCUUACCGCCACCAGGCUGUGACCCCAAUGGGCUUGGGGAAGCACUGCCCGCCCAGAGCCGCCCAUCUCCCUUUCGACCAGCAGCCCCCAAAGCCGGGCCCCCAGGCCUGGUGCACCCUCUCUUCUCACCAAGCCACCUCACCAGCAAGACACCACCCCCACUGUACCUGCCAACGGAAGGGCGGAGGUCAGACCUGCCUGGUGGCCUGGCUGGGCCCCGAGGGGGACUAAACACCUCCAGAAGCCUCUACAGUGGCCUGCAGAACCCCUGCUCCACUGCAACCCCUGGACCCCCUCUGGGGAGCUUCCCCUUCCUCCCCGGAGGCCUCCCAGAAUAUGGCCUGGGAGACCCUCCACCGCCCCCUGGCUUGUUGCAGCCCCCCACCCUGGCCCCCUGGCAGCCCUCGAGGGGUGAUGGGCCCCCCGCCGUGCCCUCCCAGCCCAGUGGGGGCCGAAGCCUGGGCGAGGAGGGUCCCCCAACCCGCGGCGCCUCCCCGCCGACCCCCCCAGUCAGCAUCAAGUCCGAGCGCCUCUCUCCGGCCCCCGGGGGCCCCGGCGACUUUCCUAAGACCUUCCCCUACCCCUUGCUCCUCGCCCGGUCCCUGGCAGAGCCUCUGCGGCCCGGGCCUGCCCUGCGCCGGCUGCCCUUGGCCGACGGCUGGCCCCGGUAGGAGACCACCAGGUACGGCGAGGGCACGUGGGGACCCUACCUCCCUCCAGGCCUCUUCAGAGAAGACCCAACAGUGACGCCCCCCUCCGCGGUGGGGGCUUGGAGGUGGGCGGCUGGACUCAAUCCACCCUGGGGGGCUCCUUUCCUUCUUCCUAUUUGUGUGUAUACCCACAAAUAAAACGCACGUGGCGUCCGUGGACCAGA